CAAUCGUGUUCGUUAUUGAUGCAUCAAAGUUAAGAAAAAGGGAUAUUCCGAAUACUCCGUGUCAUAUUAAAGUAGUCUCACCUGGUAACGGAAAUAUCUAUCAUCAUGGGCACACUCACAAGGCAAUUUGGAGACCUUAUCUUUGUAAGGUCGAAGCGACGAUCAGAGUGAUUAUUAUUGCCAGCUCAAAUAGUACUGACACACAUUUAAAAGUAUUCGACGAAUCAACCACAUUUGGAGCUACAGGAAUACAGUUUACUGUUGGUGAAAAUUGGCCAUCCGAUGAUUAUGAAUAUGUAUUAUACGCUUUCAACGUCGAUGUUAUAGAAACUUUUGGAGAAUCAGGUGUCUUUGUUAUUGAUGAUAAUAAGGAAAUGAAAACUCAUAAUGAUUCCAUGCGAUAUUGA